AAUACCAUCAGCAAGAUGUCUUGGAGGCACCAAGGAAUCACUGGGUCGAACAACAUCCCCUUGGGGAACCGCCGCCGUUUCGGAGGUGAAGACGAAGAACAGCCAGAAACGAGCAGCGUCGAACUGAAGCGUGGACGCGACCCCGAACCUCGAAGCGAAGCAGAUGGUCCCCGCCGCCGCAAGAAGCGAAAUCGAUGGGGAGAUGCAUCCGAGAAUAAGGCCGCUGGUUUGAUGGGUUUGCCGACUGCUAUCAUGUCGUCCAUGACGAGUGAACAGCUAGAGGCGUAUACCCUGCAUCUCCGAAUCGAGGAGAUCAGCCAAAAGCUUCGCAUCGAUGAUGUUGUUCCUGCUGAUGGCGACAGAUCUCCAUCUCCAGCCCCCCAAUACGACAACCAUGGCCGACGUAUCAACACGCGAGAAUACCGAUAUCGAAAGCGACUCGAAGACGAGCGCCACAAGUUGAUUGAGAAGGCGAUGAAGACUAUUCCUAACUAUCACCCGCCCCAGGAUUACCGCAGGCCAACCAAGACCCAAGAAAAGGUCUACGUGCCUGUCAAUGACUACCCGGAAAUUAACUUCAUUGGCUUACUUAUCGGACCCCGUGGUAACACAUUGAAGAAGAUGGAAGGAGAUUCUGGCGCUAAGAUUGCCAUUCGUGGCAAGGGCUCCGUCAAGGAAGGCAAAGGCCGCUCUGACGCUGCCCACUCCAGCAACCAGGAGGAAGAUCUCCACUGCCUGAUCAUGGCCGACACCGAAGAAAAGAUCAACAAGGCAAAGCAGCUCAUUCAUAACGUGAUUGAGACGGCUGCUUCCAUCCCCGAAGGACAGAACGAACUCAAGCGUAACCAACUUCGAGAACUUGCUGCCCUGAACGGUACCCUCCGAGACGAUGAAAACCAAGCUUGCCAGAACUGUGGCAAGAUUGGACACCGCAAGUAUGACUGUCCUGAGCGACAGAAUCUUACAGCUAGCAUCAUCUGUCGUGUCUGCGGUAACGCUGGUCACAUGGCCCGUGAUUGCCCUGAGCGACAGAAGGGCGCUAACUGGCGUAAUAAUGAUGGUGGCCGCCCCAACGGGAGACCAGGUGGCGGCGAUGCUGUUGACCGUGAAAUGGAGCAACUCAUGCAGGAACUCGGCGGCGGCUCAGCGCCUGCCCAAAUCGAAGCAGGCCCUGGGGCUUACAACGACCGAGGCGCCGAUGCCAAGCCAUGGCAACGUGGACCUACAGGCGGCCCUGCGCCAUGGAGAUCGCGCAAUAACGAGUCUAACAAUAAUGGCUCAGGUUCAGGUUCAGGUUCAGGCUCUGGCUCAGCGGCGCCAUGGGCCAGAGACCGCAACGAACGUGGGCGAGAUAACCAGAACAGUAACAACUACUAUGGCCAGGACUACAACCAAGGAGGAUAUGGUGGUGGCUCUUCAGCUGCUCCGCCUUGGCAACAACAAGCGCCCGGAACGCAAGGUGGAUACGGCAGCUACCCCGGAUAUGCUGGCUACAGUGCUGCACCUGGUGUGGGAGCUCCUCCUGGUCUUCCACCGGCUGGGGCCUCGGGUCUCCCUGCUCCCCCAGGUUUGGAUGCGACUGGUUUGAACUCACUCAUCCAACAAUACGGCGGAGCUGUCCCUCCACCUCCCCCAGCAGGAGAUGCCCCCCCACCCCCUCCCCCAGGUGAUCAUCCACCACCUCCCCCUCCAAGCGACCAACCUCCGCCACCUCCACCUCCUGGUGCUUAA